AAAGUAAUAAAAUAACAAGUCCCGGAGAGGAAGAGAUAAAUCUACAGACGAGUUUCUGUCGCGUGUGUUUACAACGCAACAAUGUCCUUGAAUGGAAGCUGACUAGACGUUUUUUGAAACCCCAUAUGCUAACCCAACUCUUUUACUACUUCAUCAGUCGAGUCUACUUCUGAACUCUUGUCAGUUGCAGUUGCAUUUAGAUGGAUGGGUGAGUCAGUGUUUAAUGCAGCGGGAAAAAUAAAUCUUACUUCUACUAAAACGAUUGAAUUGGUCUUAUGGUAAGUGAUUCACAAUUUCUUUACCGUAAAAGUGUGUAAAUUUAGCGCGAUUAAAAACUGAAAUCACUCAAUAAGGAAUAAGCGUACGCAAAUAUCCUGUCAGCAUCAAAAUCCCUCACAUGUUUAAUUGUCUACAACUAAUGGCAAGUUAUUUUUUUAAUUUUAAAUCAGAAAGUAAAAAUUGAAAAAUGGCUGAAAGGCACAACGACAAACUCACAAGUUGUCGCUUCAUCCGAGAAAUUGAGCAUUUAUUUUCUAGCAUAGAGCCCUAAACUUUGAUGACAGGAAAAUUCAAGAAUUUUCUUUCAUUUCUAAAUAAAAUAUUGAAAAAGGGAGACGAAGCCUGUGCUAACUCCUAGACUGUUCAAAUAUCAAACGCCAACUCUGACAUUUUCGAGUCGUGUGCAUUAGAUGACACAGCAAGUUGUACAAGUAUCGUAUUCCAGCUUUUUAAUGAACUUUGGACAUGCCACCUAAAAGGAAAAACCCAGACGGGACGGGACAUGGUGCGUCUGCCGAUCCUGUGGAUGAAACCCAAUCGAUCGACGAGAAUUCACCGACAAAAUCGACGGGGACUGGGACUGGGUUAAAAAAUUCCCUCCACGGUAAUGUGUUCCAAUUGAAACUUUUGGUGCUCUUCUUGAUUCGGGGGAUCAAAGCCAAAUACCAGUUCAAGUUGGGGACGGAAAUACCCGGAAUGGGCGGGAAAUUUGACGACUUGAUUUUCAAGUACGAAGUGCCAGCUGAUGAAGAUUCGAUGACGCAAGAAGUUCAAAGCGAACGCUAUCGUUACCUACAAGCAAAACACAAACAGAACGAAGAAAAGGGAAAAAUCACGGCAGCUAAUCUUCUGAACGACAACGACGGGGAUUUCAGCCUACCCAAAUAUUUCCGUUCCUAUUGUGGUGAAGUCAUUAAUGGAAUUAACAGAUGUCUGCCUAACAACGUCCGGGACUGCAUCAUUUGCACUAAUAUUGGAUUCGACGAUGAAUUGAAGCUUAAAGAGGCUGGCAUCGAGCUGCUAUCGUUCAGAGACGACGAGGAUGAAAUUUUAAACUUCGACAACAAAGUGUCCGACGCAAAAUCGCCGAUUCGUUACAAGUUAAAGAAAACGGAAAAUCUGCUACGGAAAAUGUUAGAAUGGACCGACAUCCAUCUCUUGGCCAAGACGUUGUUAGAGUACGUAACAGAUAAUAAAAAAUUAGCCAUAACCUCUCCCAUAUUCAAAAAUUACCACGUUGCUUUGGUCGAAGAGAGAGUUAUAAAUAAAAAAGAUGGGAAACUUUGUUCAACAUUUUUGGAAGGAAACAGUCACUUCCGUGAAAUACUUUCAGAGAUAACAUUCGUUAACUGCUUGAAGAAUCAAAAUUUCAAUGUUGAUGACAAGAAAAAGAUUCGAGUUGACGGCACAAAGAAAUUACUAAAAGAAUUCGAAGAAAAAUCGUUAGAAAAUCUUUUUCCAAAGUAUGACAAAAAUAAGACAGAGUCAAUGAAAAUGGAUUUUCGCGUUUUCGAGGAUUUCUUUGACGAUUUAGUGUCAGAAAACAUCAUUGACGCAGUUGGAGGGGAAAAAAAUGAGAGAUCCUUUAACGCAAACUUUAUCGAAGGAAAAGAUUUAUCUGAAAAAGUAUCGGAUUUUCGAGGGAGACUGCGCAAUGCCGUUUUCAUUCAUUUCUGGAAACAUUUGACUUUUACACUCAGCAAGGAGUUCGGCAGCAGAAAAAAAAACAGUACAGGCACACCGAAUGAGAAUAAAUCGCUCAAUGACUUGGUUGGAGAGAAGGAAAUUGGCGAUUUCUUGGACAAACUCGUCUUUGCCGUUCACACACCCAACGAAGUGCAACUCGAUGAAAUACUGAAAACGGAGGUGAGCGAUCGCUACAAGUUGAACGAAAGUGACUUUCAGUCGGAUUUUAUUUUGAGAAACAUGUUGGACUGGUUCAAAAAGAAAGAAUCGACUUUUAUGACAUCGGCAGAAGGGAUUGAUAUCUUGGAAAACGCAAAGAAGAAAAUGAAGUCGUUGCGCUUGACGGCAGUGUCGAUUGACUAUCAGAGGAAGCUGAAGGAAGUGUAUGGAUUUAAUGAAGAAUCAAUUCAAGAAAUGGCGGAAAAGCUGAAGCAGCUGCUAAUUUCUGAGAAUAGCGUCAAACGAAUUAUUUCUGAAUUGCCAAAGCGAACGGCCGUUAAAGUUAUAGCAGCACUAAAAGAACUGAGGCAAAGUAUUUCAAAGGAGACUACCAGAGAUGUGACAGCACCGGAAGAGACUUAUUUUAAAAGAAAAGACAGUUACUUGAUGGCGCCAUUAAUUGAGUUAAAAAACAACCAUGAGAAAUAUGAAAAUGCAUUGAAAUCCGGCAUCUCGCAUCAUCUUUUGCUUGUAAUUUGUGAAGACGGUAUUUCGACAGAAGGUGAAAAGUACUACGAAGAACUUGUCAAUGAAACAAGUAGUCCUAAAAAGGUGAUUGUCAUCAGUAGUGAGGGUGUUGGAAUAAAAGAUGAUUUGAAAUUUACUGAUUUUAGCAUCGAGUUUAAAAAAGCUUUACUCUCCAAAAAAGUUUCAUUUCAAGGGGCGACACUUGCAGUGGCUGAUCUGAUCAAAAGGCAUAAAGACCAAACUCUAGACGAAUUAAUUCAAAGUGGUGAACCAGAAGAGAUUUUCGAUUUGGAUUCCAUUGAGGAGCUGAUAAAACAAGAAAAAUCUCAAAUUCAAAUUCCUUCCUUAAGCUCAUCCCGGUUCGAAAAAUCCCUUUACAUAAAAAGGCAAUUGUCAUCCGCAUUCCCACUCGACAAUGAAUUUUGGGAAGAAGUUGCAAAGCAGCUAGAGCUAGACAUGGAGACGAGCGACGGAUAUUCUCUAGAAAAACUUCAGGGUGAAUGCAGAGUAAACAUACAAGGAGAAAUCAAGUGGAAUGACCCGAUCGUUAAUGACGAAUUGAAGACAAAAAUUUGGGAAAAAAUUAAUUCUGUUUUAGAGAAAAGAAAAUCGUUGACGGUUUUACCGUCAAAGACUCUAACAGAGGAUGACUUGUCGAUCGUCGAUCGUCGUGAAAAAGUCAAAAAUCCCGGGGUAGUAAUCAUUGCCGGUGCUGCUGGAUCGGGCAAGUCCAGCAUUUUGUCGCAUUACUACGAAGAAAUAAAAGAAAAGGACCCAAAACAUUGGGUGAUUAUUAUCAAUUUCACGGACCAUUCGAAAGAAUUGUUCAAGUUGAACUCGUAUGAAGUGAAUCUAUCCACCACUAUUGAAAGCCUUUUAAACUUAUCCGUCGUCGUCGGCAACAGUCGGUUUGGUCGUUCAAUGUUGAGACGUCGUCUAAAUUUGGGUGAAAGGAUUACAAUUUUGUUUGACGGAUUUGACGAAAUCGUCAAAAGUCAGUACCAAGAAACUGCCAUUCGGGUCAUUAGUGUUCUUAGGGAAAACAAAUCGGCUGGAUUGUACGUGACCACUCGCUCUCAUACGACAAGUAAUCUACAAUUCCGGUUGUCUCAAUUGAACUAUGAUCUCGAAAACUUUAGCAAAGAAGACCAAAUAAAUUAUUUAACCUCCUUAUGGAGACGAAAUUUUAAUGAAGACGCCCAAGACAAUCUUUAUCAUUUCGCUGAAUUGUUGGUCGAUCGAAUAUCAAAAACUUUAAAGGACGGCGAUCGAGCUUUCAUCGGAAUCCCGUUGCAGUGCAGAAUCCUUGCCGAGUGUUUCGAGACCGACGUUCAAAAAUCUGCUCAAAACCAAUCGGAGCUCAAUUCACUUGUCGAAUCCAUCGAUCGGAUGAAUUUGGAUGUGGCUAAUCUUUAUCGUUUACUUUUAACAAAGAAGCGCAAAAUUUACGAAGAAGAGAAAAAGGCUCUGUCGCAAAGCAGCGACCUCGCUGAUUACCACGCUAAUUCCGAUAUUGACAAUUUAGAAUUGUUCCUCCCAAAACUGGCCAUCAAGACAAUUGUUUCAACCAAGGAAGAAGUUCACGUUUUGUUGGGAACACAAGAAAAUUCAAUGAAGUCGAAAUAUGAACAGGAUAAGAAAAUUACAAAACGAAUGGAUCACUCCGCUCGAUUUGGUUUGCUGGAUGAAAACGCGGAGGGCAAGGUCCGCUUCUUGCACCGAACAUACGCUGAGUACAUGAUGGCCGAAUAUCUUUACACUGGAUUCCUUCUCGACGACAAAAAGCGAAACCACCUGCUGGACUAUGAUUCCGCACGAAAGUUAAUUAUCGACAAAAUUUUGGUUAAGGAACAAUACGAUGGCGUGCAAGUGUUUUUCGAUGCCAUGUUGAAAAAAAUUGUUAGUGACAAUAAAGAAUGGGAAAAUAUAGUCGUUAAUAAUUUACCAGAAAGAUUCUACAGAUUAGCUGAAGAUUUGUAUCGCCAAUCUCUCCGGCAAAACCAAAAACCAUUCAUAAGUAACCCUUCAAAUGCGCUACGAAUUUCUGUAGUAAAUAGAAAGGAACAAAUAUUUAAUUUCUUGUGUGACUGUCUCGACGCAACUUUUGAUAAAUCAACCGUUACAAUGGCUGUGACCAUCUCAUUUUUAUUAAAGUGCGGGUUUGAUUCCAUGAUUACUUUGAAACAUUUUUGUCAUCAACACAUUAAAAUAUUUCGAAGAGUUAUUGGCUAUUAUGGUGACGUGCUGCAGAGCGAUGAUAACAUCAAACAAACAGAUAAAAUUAUUUGUAGGCUUAUAAAUGGAUUGCCACUGUCUGGGUUCGAUGAGCAUUCUGACUGGAAUGGAUCAGAACAAAGACAAUUAGUAGAUGAAUUGCUGGAUUUCAUGCUGGCGAAUAAAAAAGCUAUCGACCUCAUUUUCUGUUCAGAUAGAGAUGAGCAUUACAUAAAGCCCAUGUUUGCAAUGUUUAUCUUCAACGAAAACUACGACAGUCAUCUACACAAGUUUUUGAAGAUUUUGUCCGAUUCAAAAUUUUAUUCUAACGAAAAUAAUUUCUCGAAUUUACUCAAGAAUGUACUUCAGUCUGUUAAACGAAAACACAGGCCUAAGGAUCGCAUUGGAAAGACAAUAACUAUUUUACAAACACUUGGACGUCAAGAUGUAUUGAUUAAAAUGCAUGGCCUAUUCCUCACAAUUGAACCUGAUGCUUUUAAAGGUAUCUACUCCCCCGCAAAUUAUUACGACAUUCCACACCUAAAAACGAAUCUUUCUUGUGUGCUGAAAUCGGAUUCUUAUCGCAUGACCCAUAUUCAUCAAGCAGCUUUUCACGGAGACACAGUAGCAAUAGAGAAAAUACUAACAAUAGUCAAGGAAAUGUUGACUGAUCCAGAACUGAGAGACAAAGCCGAGCAAGUGGUUAAAAUUGUUUCACGUGACGUUUUUGGCUUCACGCCGUUCUAUCUAGCAGCCGUCUGCGGUCACGAAAACCUUUAUCGCAACAUGCUGGCGUUUCUAAAGGAUGUCCAUCCCGGGACACCACAACAAAUAUCUGACAACUUUCAAACAUAUUUGACUGCCACCGACGGAUUCGUUUUCCAUGCUUUGUCUGACGCCAUGGAAUCAGAAAACUUAAAUAUGUUCCAAACGAUUCUAAAUGCUGUAAAAACAGUUUUGGGGCAAAAAUGUUUGCUGCACUUGCUCAAGUCAAAAACCCGAGAAAACAAAGGUAAAAUAAGAUAUGAUCAUUACCCAGCCUAUUGCUGGCCUACCUCCAUAUUCGGUGUCGCCAGCUGUUACGCCGAAUUGUUCCACAGUCUAGCCAAAAUUGUCGUUCAGAAUGGUAGUAAUGAGAACUAUCAAGAUUUGGAUGAUUUGGUCUUCUAUUUUCUCAAAACAGAAAGUUACUACCGAUUCACACUUAAACACAUCAACGCCGAAAUCCUCCAAGGAAUGUUAUCGCUAAAGGGUUCCAAUGACUGGACAAAACGCCUUCUAGAAAUGGAAGAAUUUCUCGUUGACGGAUUUGACUUAUUGUCAAAGCGACUGUUAAAGAAUUUCAGAGAUGAUCAACUAGAACAAUUCAUUGAGAUGAUAAUUUCCAAUGAAACAACAACAGAUAAAAGUUACUGGAGCAAAGUAACGGAAUCAGUUAUUCAAAAAACAGGAAUCCAGGUGGAUGACAUUUCCUUAUUUUUAAAAUGCGUGUCGGAGAAACUCGGCGAAAGUUUUGUAGUGAAACUUGUAACUCACGAUGAUAAGGACGUUACAAUGCGCUCAGAUGAGCUCGCCGAUUGCAUGUUUGCCCAUUUGUCAAUGGAAAGACAAGAAGAAGUGAAACAGUAUUGGAAGCAGAUCGCUGCCCCAAUAAUCAACGAAAUCUUUUUUGAAACGACGUCAAAGAACUAUUGGCUCAACAACGAACGUACAUUUAGGAAUGCAGAUGUUAAGUUUUACUUGAAAUAUGGCAGCGAUGCUCAACUCUCGGAUUUCGUCAGAGUCGUCACCUCCUUACAUAAUGUGGAAGCAAAUAAGCCGUGCAGUGUGUGGGGAUAUGUGUUUCAAAACGAUAGGGGGAUGAAAGAAAUGACGCGCAAAAUCUUGAAACACGUAGGAGAGAAAGUGGAGAUUUUUUGUCGAAAUGCUACAAAAACACUUUUGCUUCAUCAAAUCGACGAAGAACCCCUCAUACUUGAAAUAGCAGCAUCAUGGAAACAUAAUGUUGAUUCGGUGUUACCAGCAAUGUUGAGCCAUUUACCAAACGAGAUACAAGACGAAAUGCAACAGUAUCUGAGGGAAAAUGUGCCUAAAUUAGUCGACAAGGCAUUUUCUAACCCAACGUUAUUGAUGCCAUCCGGUCAAUCAUACAGACGUUUGAAUACUUUAAAUUUUCUCCUCAACUUUUGCAAUGAAAAUCAACUUCAACUCUUUUACGAGAAAAUCACCUUUCUGAUGGACGCAUCGCACACCAUGAAAAAGAUAAGCAUCUGGGGUGAUUUAUUUCGUUGUGAUUGUGAGCAAGAUGACGUAACAAUGAUGGACAAAUUCUUGGGAUGCGUCUCUAAGAAAUUAGGCUCAAAAACGGUCAAAAAGUUGAUCCUUCACGCUGAUGAAGGCAAAGAUGUCGUCAUAUUGCUCAUAGCAUCGCGUGGAGAAGACCAAAUGGCGGACACAAUGCUCAACUAUUUGGAUGAUGUCGAAGAUCGAAAAAAGGUCCAACGUAAAGUGGAUAAACAUCUGCGCAAAAAGUUUAAAGCCCCAGCAAGGAAAGAUGCUUUUCGCUGUUGAAAAGGCUAAGCGAGAACAAUACAGAAAUGUUCCUUUGAUGGUAAACAUUUGGGUUCUUUUACCAAUUCAGCUUACAUACUGAUAAGCCAAUAAUGUUAUUUGUAUGCUUUAGCAGUUCUCUCUCUUGUUCUCACAAAUAAAAUUCCUGUAACAGA